AUGUCUUCCAACAUCGAACAAACUUUCCAAGCAGGAUCUGUCGAAGACUUGCAAACCCCGGUUGAGACAUUCGAUGAGAAUGAAAUCAUCCUUGACAACGUCUCUGAGUCCCACUCAGCAUCAGAGGACAUAGAAUGCAGUCCCUACCUUGAGUGGACGCUUUCAUGGUCGGAAUACAUCGAAGAGAUCUUAGCCGAAAAAGAGCGUGAUCUUGCAUUAGAAAAUGGAGAUUCCAGUGAGGACUUCUCAUGGCCUCCGUCAGAUGAAUCAUGGGUGAAACAACCCAUAGUAACAAUUGCUGAUGAAGAAGCACAAAUGGCUGCAUUAGACGAGGAAGCCGAGAACGCUCUCAAUACAGGUGCAAAACGAAGCCCGGAUGCGCCCGCUCCAGUAGUAUUCAUCGACACGCUCGAGAAGCUGGACAAGUUUCUCCCCGUCCUCUCUCGGCUCAAGGAUGGAGUUGAGCUUGCAUUCGAUUGUGAAGGCACACCGGAAGAGGACGAAAAUGGGAAACCUAUCCCAGGCGGUGGCUUUGGUCGCACUGGCGACAUGUCUUUCCUGUCAAUGACCGUAAUCUCGAUCGACAUAACCUACGUCUUCGAUGUCUGGCAGCUCAAGAGUGCUGUUUUUGACCGUCAAAAUAAUGACGGCCUAUCUCUCAAGAAGAUCUUAGAAUCCCAUGAUAGAAUUCAGCUCUGGUGGGAUGUGCGUAGCGAUUGGGAUACCUUAUUCCACAAAUUUGGGAUUCAAAUUGGGAAGGUUCGUGAUGUGCAGUUGAUAGAGCUUUUAUCUCGGUGGAACCCGAAGUCGAACGUCUUUGGCUUAUACAAGGUUAUGAGAUGGGAAGGUCACCAUACAAUGAGCAACCAUAAUUGGAAUGUCUGGUUAAAGGAGAAAACAGAAGGGGGGGCAUACUUCCAGAAUAAUGGCUGGCGACCGCUCACAACCAGACCAUUGACCAGAACAGCAAAAAACUACAUUUCAGGCGACACUGAGUGUCUUUACGGCUUGCAUAAACGACUGCAGGAUAGGUUGGAAGAGUGGCUCUAUAUUUUGCAAGGAAAGACUGUCGGAGGUCUAAUGGAUGCAAUUGGGAAGCCAUCCACUCUCCCAGCAACUAUGGACGACUUGAUGCAAUUCAUUGACGAGCAAUCAAUGAUUCGAGCUCAAGAUGCUACAUCUCCAGGGUUUGAUUCCAGGUCUCGUGAGGGAAAGGCGGAUGCACCUGCAGCAUUUCUCCGAAUAACCGACGUUUGGGAGAAUUCCCGGGAUAGGGGUUCGAAAAGACGGGAGGAGGGUCAAAAAUUGGUCCAAAGUCGACAAUCUAUGGCGGUAGACUCUUGA